GGGGGAGUGAUUAUGCAUUUAACGUGUCAAGCACGCCCGAUGCCUUUCAAAGGCCCAAUUAUCCCGGCUCUUGCCACCUUUUAUUAUAAGAGUAGCGAUUACGUAUGAGCGGCUCCUCUUUAUCACAUCGUGCGUAACAGUUAAAAAAAAAGGUAAAUAAAAAAUCACCGCUGCCUUGGUAACGAUCAAAACGUCACGUCGCUGAGAUCAGAGGCAGCGCAAUUUAUGCUGGGAAUGAGCAAGAGAGAAAAGGGGGGGGGGGGGGGGGGGGGAGUCAGCGAGGGAGGGACCGAUGAAUGAACGAGCGUAGCGGCACGAAUCGCAGGCAGGACUCGCACAAAGCCGGCUCGCUCGACUGUCGGAUGGCUCUUGUGAAAUGUCAAGGCAAGGAUCGGCCAGGGCGAUGAAGUAACUAAAGGGGGUACGCUUCUCGGGGAUUCAGUCCUGCAAAAAAAAAAAAGAAAGAAAGAAAAGAAAAGAAAAAAAAUCCCAAAGUGAUGAAUCCGCCUGGCGGCCGUGGAUGCCCCCCAGUCGAGCCCGAUGGAUUUGUCUGUGAACAUCGCGCUCCCCGGCAACAGCAGCAGCUACAGGGCGGCCGACAACGGCUCGGAUCGGGACUGGCCACUGGACCUCUUCAGUACGACCCCUUUGCUCAGCUCGGUGAGAAAUUAUCUAAACGCCGGCAAUCAGUCGGCAGGCGGCGGUGGUGGGGGUGGAGGCGCCGGGGGAGAGCGAGCCGGGACGAAGGCGGUGGAAGCAAACACGCUGCUGCACGGCAUCGCGGUGGCGUCCCAGGCGCUCAUCCUGCUUGUCAUCUUCCUCUUGUCCAGCCUGGGCAACUCGGCGGUCAUUGUGGUGAUCAUCAAGCACAGGCAGCUGCGGACGGUCACUAACGCCUUCAUCAUGUCCCUGUCCCUGUCGGAUUUCUUGACGGCCAUUCUCUGUUUGCCUUUUUCUUUCGUCAUGCUCUUCAGCAAGGACGGGCUUUGGAUUUUCGGGGACCGCUUCUGCGUGGCCAACGGCUUCUUCAACUCCUGCUUCGGCAUCAUCUCCACGCUGACCAUGACUCUGAUUUCUUUCGACCGCUACUAUGCCAUCGUGAGGCAGCCCCAGGAGAAGAUCGGCCGGCGGAGAGCGACGCAGCUGCUGGUGGCCGUCUGGCUGGCGGCCGUGCUCUUCUCUUUCCCUUGGUACUUAGUGGCGCAGUCCGCCGGACGCCUGCAGGUGCACAAGAAGGGCUUCUACCAUUGCAUGUACAUCUUUCACUCCGUCACCUCCAGGAUGGGCACGGCGUAUAGCGUCGCGCUCAUCGUCGCCUGCUACCUCCUGCCUUUCGCCCUGAUGUGCUUCUGCCACUACAACAUCUGCAAGACCGUGCGGCUCUCAGAAAUCCGGGUGAGGCCGGUCACCACGUACGCGCACCUGCUGCGCUUCUACAGCGAGAUGAGGACGGCCACCACGGUGCUCAUCAUGAUCGUCUUCAUCAUCGUGUGCUGGGGACCGUACUGCGUGAUGGGCUUGAUCACCGCCGCGGGCGACUUGUCUUUUAACUCUGCCAUGGACACGGUGGCCAUAUGGAUGGCGUGGGCAAACGGGGCCAUCAACCCGCUCAUUUACGCCAUACGGAACCCCAAUAUCUCCAUGCUGCUGGGCCGCAACCGCGAGGAGGGUUACAGGACUCGAAACAUCGCCGCCUACCUGUCCACCCAAAACCAGAGCCGGGAGGCCAGGAGUCGCGCCAAUCGCAUCCGGGACCGCUACGUGAACCGGCACGGGGCCGGCAGCAGGAUGUCCUCGUCUAGCCCGGCCAACGGAGGGGACGUCGCCAUGUGGGCUUGCAAAAAUCCAGCCGUGCUUUUCUGCCGGGACGGCCAGCCUGACACGCUGUCCGAGCCGGCGCUGCCCAAGUCCGAGACGGCGGACACCAGCCUGUGACAGAGAGGUGGAUAGGGGGGACAGGGGAACGGCCGGUGGGCAGAGUGAUCUGGGAGAAGCCCAAAGGAGAUACCUGUCAAGUGCCAAUGAAGAAAAAAGUAACACUGUGGGGCGAGGGGCCACUUUUCUUAUGUUUUAUACCGGUUUAUUGUGUUAAUGACAUGGAUGCAUGCGGGUUGACUUUAUGUCACACUUUUGGAAAGUCUGGCCGCCAUUCUGGGUGUACACAUUCGGAAUGGCUUCAUUUCCAGUCAGUGGUGUUAUUUAUUCAUUGCGGGUUUACUUAAAGUUGCGUGCCUCAGGGUUAAGUGAUCAGCAGUUACCCCCUCCCAUAAUUAUGUCAGAAUUCAUUUCUGAAUACUAAAAAAAAAAUCAAAAUUACUGUGUUUAUAUGAAAGAAAAGCCACCUUUCUGUUUUAACAAAUGUGCAGCCUUGGAAUUUGAACACGUUUUCAGUCCAUGGUCAAGACUGCAUAAUAAAUGGACAGUGACAGCAGAGGAUUAUCCGAUGGAUUGGGAGCCAUGAGAGAAUUUUGGGGAAUAAAAAAGUGUAGAAAAAGGAAUAGCCUGACCUUCUUUGAGAUCUGUUUGAGGCAGCACUAGGUAGCAGUGUGUGUGUGUGUGUGUCACUCAAAAAAUAAUUUAUUGGAGGAACGUCUAAAAAUUACACCGUCCAUGCUAACGAAUCGAGUAAUGCACAUUAGCCCA